CGACCCCUCCCCCGCCCUCCGCCAGCGCCGCCGGCGUCCCUCUCCUCCUCCGCCCCCGCCGCGAGCCCUUCGAGUACGGCCUCCUCCCCAUCCCCAAGCUUAUCUUCUCCGACGGAACCCUAACCCUAGGCCCCCUCCGCGACAAGCUCCUCGGCUUGUCCUCUCCCUGUUCCGGCUGCGUCGAUGCCCUGGCCCUCGCCGAGGCCCUCCAGAUCUCGCCCGACCUCGCCCGCCUCGUCCUCGAUACCCUCGCCUCCGUUCUCCCCUCCGAUACCCCCGACCCCGCCGGGACGGCCGACGUCUAUGACCUCGUUCUCUUUCUCUAUAUCCAGUCCUACAAGCGCCUCCUCCCCAAGGCGCACAAAGAUUCCGCCGCCGUCGCCGAUGUCUGGCCCUCCACCUCCGCCUUCGACGGGUAUUUCUCUGCCCUCUCGCCGAUUCAGCUCGUACGUAGUAAUAGUCGGCGUUCUAUGCCUUCACAAGCUGAUGAAGAGGCACAUCAGUUGUCUUAUCUGCAGAAGCAUAUGGCCAACAUACUCGGUCUUUUGGCAGAAUCAGUUGAAGGCGAGGAUGAUGAGUCUCUGGUUUUGACAUUAGAAAGGUUUGAACACCUUAGUUUCCUCAUUCAAAUUAGUGAGAAGGGUGGUGAGGAAAUACCAUUGAGACAGGCACCUCCUUUCUUUGCAAAUUCAGAUCCAGACAUGCCUGCUGUUCCUGUGCCUGCUGCACAAGUUCAUGACUGGCUUUUACAGAAUAUAGCUGAUUCAUUGGAGCAUGCUGCUGAGAAAGUACGAGUCAAAGAAAACGGGCCAGUUAACACCUCAGAUCUAGAUGUGGCUAUGACUGAUGCCUGCAUGAGUCAUACAAGGACCCAAAGCAGCAGCUCGCUGAGUGGAACCUCUGUGCAUAACAAUGCCGGAUAUUCAAGGAGCCAGAGUUUUGUGGAGGGUUUUUCUAAAGCUUCUGUAGUGAAGCAGGCAUCUGAUAUUAAGGGCCACUCUGUUAAGGUCUUGAAUUGCCAUGACUCAGUAAUUUAUGUACUGGCACCUCUAAAGUAUGCUACAAUUUAUGGAUGUUCUGAUGCAACUGUUGUGUUAGGAGCUAUUGGUAAGGCUGUGAGAGUGGAGCAUUGUGAAAGGGUACAAGUCAUUACAGCCGCAAGACGCAUACGUAUUGCAAAUUGUCGUGAAUGUGUGUUUUUCUUGGGGGUUAAUCAGCAACCUCUUAUUCUAGGAGAUAAUCAUAAAUUACAAGUGGCGCCCUUCAAUACCUUUUAUUCACAGCUGGAGGAACACAUGGCUCAAGUUGGCAUUGAUGCAACUAUCAGUAGAUGGAAUGAACCCCUUGUGCUGGGCAUGGUUGAUCCUCAUGAUUCACUUUCUCAUCCUGCAGGAGUCUCUGAUGUCCAAGCUGAGUCUGCAACAUGUCUUGACCCUGAUCAGUUCUCAUCUUUUCUGAUUCCGAAAUGGCUUGGAGUUGAAUCACUAGGGUCCACAAAAUACAAUCCAUUUCCAUUGCCUGAGAUUUAUAAGGCAUCCGAGAAGAAAAAUAAUUCAGUUGUGUGCGACAUCCAACAAGCUAUAAGGGAUGCACAACUUGAGGAGAGCAGGAAACGGGAAUUGGCAUGUGCUCUUCACGUUCAUUUUAAGGACUGGCUCUAUGCUUCUGGGAACAUCCGCCAGCUUUACUGUCUACAGGGUGAUUGAGCUGGUGAGCAUUUAGUGCAAAGAAAUUGAGUCUAUGUGGUGACUGAGCAGGUGAGAAUUUGUAACAGAGGCAUUUUGCUGCUCCUCGGCAUUACGAGAAGUGGGAAAAAGGAAAUCUGUCUCGAUCUCCCCCACCUUUUUCUGUGCCACUGUUGAUUUUUUUUUUAAAUAAUAAAUUUACUACGUUUUUUUUUUUGAGGAUUGUCUUUACUGUACGAUAACUCAAAAUAUAACAUGAUUGCUCGAGAAAGCGAUCUGAGUAUCAGUGCAUCUCCUUUUACUUGUUUCCAUUCUCCUUGAUUGUCGUAGUCAGGUGGUGGCGUUCUGUGUAAUGGCCAUGGUUUUAUGAUGGCUCAUGUACGAUGUUGUUUGACUGAAGAUGCCUGUGUUUAGAUGAGCAGGUAGUUAUACUGUAUCGAUUUAUUCCAUAUCGGGCAAUAAAACUUGAUAUUGAGACAUAA